AUGUUGAAGAUCUAUCUAUCAGUCCAUUUCAUAUCUAUCUAUCUAUCUAUCUAUCUAUCUAUCUAUCUAUUUAUCUAUUUCAGCCUUUUGUUCAUAUCUAUCCAUAUCACUGUCUAUCUACCUGUUGCUGUCUGUGCAUAUCUAUCUAUCUAUCUAUCUAUCUAUCUAUCUAUCUAUCUAUUUAUCUAUUUCAGCCUUUUGUUCAUAUCUAUCCAUAUCACUGUCUAUCUACCUGUUGCUGUCUGUGCAUAUCUAUCUAUCUAUCUAUCUAUCUAUCUAUCUAUCUAUUUAUCUAUUUCAGCCUGUUCUUUGUGUAUAUAUGUAUCUCUAACUAUUUUACUUUUGUUCAUAUCUAUCUAUAUAUCUAUCUAUCUACCUUAUUUGUUCAUAUCUAUCCAUAUCACUGUCUAUCUACCUGUUGCUGUCUGUGCAUAUCUAUCUAUCUAUCUAUCUAUCUAUCUAUCUAUCUAUCUAUUUAUCUAUUUCAGCCUUUUGUUCAUAUCUAUCCAUAUCACUGUCUAUCUACCUGUUGCUGUCUGUGCAUAUCUAUCUAUCUAUCUAUCUAUCUAUCUAUCUAUCUAUCUAUCUAUCUAUUUCAGCCUUUUGUUCAUAUCUAUCCAUAUCACUGUCUAUCUACCUGUUGCUGUCUGUGCAUAUCUAUCUAUCUAUCUAUCUAUCUAUCUAUCUAUCUAUCUAUCUAUCUAUCUAUCUAUUUCAGCCUUUUGUUCAUAUCUAUCCAUAUCACUGUCUAUCUACCUGUUGCUGUCUGUGCAUAUCUAUCUAUCUAUCUAUCUAUCUAUCUAUCUAUCUAUCUAUCUAUCUAUCUAUUUCAGCCUUUUGUUCAUAUCUAUCCAUAUCACUGUCUAUCUACCUGUUGCUGUCUGUGCAUAUCUAUCUAUCUAUCUAUCUAUCUAUCUAUCUAUCUAUCUAUCUAUCUAUCUAUCUAUCUAUUUCAGCCUUUUGUUCAUAUCUAUCCAUAUCACUGUCUAUCUACCUGUUGCUGUCUGUGCAUAUCUAUCUAUCUUUCUAUCUAUCUAUCUAUCUAUCUAUCUAUCUAUCUAUCUAUCUAUCUAUUUCAGCCUUUUGUUCAUUCUAUCCAUAUCACUGUCUAUCUACCUGUUUGUCUGUGCAUAUCUAUCUAUCUAUCUAUCUAUCUAUCUAUCUAUCUAUCUAUUUAUCUAUUUCAGCCUUUUGUUCAUAUCUCCAUAUCACUGUCUAUCUACCUGUUGUUGUCUAUCUAUCUAUCUAUCUAUCUAUCUAUCUAUCUAUCUAUCUAUCUAUCUAUUUCAGCCUUUUGUUCAUAUCUAUCCAUAUCACUGUCUAUCUACCUGUUGCUGUCUGUGCAUAUUUUAUCAUAUCUAUCUAUCUAUCUAUCUAUCUAUCUAUCUAUGUUCUUUGUUUUGUUCAUAUCUAUAUAUCACUGUCUAUCUACCUUUGUGUCUGUUCUUUCUAUCAUCUAUCUAUCUAUCUAUCUAUCUAUCUAUUUCUAUUUCAUCUGUUCUUUAUGCAUAUAUCUAUCUACCUUUUAUUUGUUCAUCUAUCCAUAUCACUGUCUAUCUAUCUAUUGCUGUCUAUUAUCAUAUCUAUCUAUCUAUCUAUCUAUCUAUCUAUCUAUUUAUCUAUCUAUCUAUCUAUCUAUCUAUCUAUCUAUUUCUAUCUAUCUAUCUAUCUAUCUAUCUAUCUAUUUAUCUAUCUAUCUAUCUAUCUAUUUAUCUAUCUAUCUAUCUAUCUAUCUAUCUAUCUGUUAUGGUCCAAUAUCCUCGCACCACAGUAUAG